UUGUCAUUCGUAAAAUGUUCGAGAUUUAUUAUUAAUUGAUAUAUCUAUAAAUUAUCUAUUUAUUUUUCAACAUUGUACUGUGAGAUUAGAAUUUACUGAAAGUAUUUGAUUUAAAAAAUAAUCAAUAUUUAAAAUGUCUCAAUCUCAUCGAAUCAUUAUUACCGGCCUACCGCAAGACGGUCCAAAAGGGAAAAUAAUACAUUACUUAAGACAGUCUAUUUUUAAAAAGCCUCAAAUCAUGUUUUGGGUUGAGAAAGUUAAGGUACGAAAUGACAAUACAAAGCAAGUAACAGUACGUUUCCAUAGUUUGCAAGAUGCUGAAUUUGCUGUACGUGUGCUUCAAGAUCAUCCCUAUAAAAGCUUUGAUGGACAGAUUUACAACUUAAAAUGUUUUCUCAAGGAAAGUCCACCUGAGCAAAACAAAUCAGGUUCUACUGGACUGAAUAACUCAUUUGCUAAAGGUGACCAUAAUAAUUUGAAACGUGGAGCUGAUACCCCAGCCUUAAAACAGGAAUUGGAUAUGAUUGAGGUGGAGAUUGAACUCAUUAAUAAGAAACGUAAACUAAUCGAAGCUGAGAGACUGUUGCUGCUGGAACAACAAAAGCUUGAGUCCUUACAGAGCAACAAGACUAUCAGACAGUCCGAAGUAAAACCGAACCCAGAAACUCCUAAGGCAUAUGUACCGGCUAGAAAGCGGCCUUUGAGUUUCUAUGGGCCGUGCAACUACAUAAAAAGGGACUUUACACCUCUUGUCCUAAAGAAUAUUGAUGAAAGUAUGCGGUUUCAAUUUUAUAAAUUAUUGAGGAUCCGUAUCAGAGAAAGAUUUGUCAGUAUGCUUGAUGGAAAGACGAUCUAUCCUGUUAGCAAAUUGCUAGAGGAGUAUAGACGCAACUAUCCAAAGUGCACUGAUGAGGAAUUGACCCUGGACAUCAAAAAGGAGCUUUUGGAGAACCCUGAUAUGUUUAAACGCAAAGGAGACAAACAAUCAAACGAAGACAAGCCAGAUGAUAACUUGAACAAUGAGAAAGUAGAGGAUCUAACUGAUUUGCCCAUUGAAAAGUUGGCGGAGGAACUGGAUGAAUGGUAUGAGGAAGAAAACGUAGAAGAAGCAAAAAACGUGGAAGACGGAAAAAACGUGGAAGAAGCAAAAACCGUGGUUUAACCCCGUUUAAGUAUCUGAAAGUAGAUUUAUAGUUGAUAUGUAUUAGAGUUUGAGGCAAGUUUAUUGUUUGUAAUUAUAAGAUUUUUUAGAUAAAUGCACCAUACUAUUAGAUUUAGUGAUUUAACGGUUCUGUUUAUUGGUAAGAAGAGCAAUCCGGUUUAAUAACAAGAAGCGUUAAUAUAUAAAGGAGUUGUUCCAGGUGACUAUGGACGUUGGGCUGGGUUAUUUAAUGAACUGGACUAGUGAGUUCAGCUCAACAUUGAAUUAUAAAAUUCAGUCUGUCCAAACCUUUCAAAAUCAGGAAGUGCCCUUUGGGACUAGAUCUUUCAUAUACACCAAAAUCGAAAGUGCCGUACGGCACACUACGCCCUGACCAAGUUCUGACCCACGUUUUGUUUAUAAGAUAGUUUAUUUUGCAUGGUCUUAUAGCUUGUUUCAAUAGCUUUCUUAUACAUUCUCUCAUAUCAUCCUAAUUACAAGCAAUCUAUUAAUUAGGCGACCUUUAUAGCCGAGUGGUUAGCGAUCCUAGCUACUAAGCUAGAGGUCUUGGGUUCGAAUCCCGGUAGGUGGAAGCAUUUAUAUGAUCAAUAUGGAUGUUUGUUUCCGAGUAAAAAAAAAGUUAAAAUGUAUUUAUGUAUGUUUAUAUGAAUUUAUGUAUGUUUAAGUAAGUAUAUUGUAUUAAAUAUAUCGUUGUCUUGUAACCCAUAACACAGGCAGAAGAAAAUGCACACACACACACACACACACACAUAUAUAUAUCUCUAUUAAUAUUAUUGUUAAGUGGGUUACUUGAAGAUACUUAAAAGAUGUAGGUAAUAAAGUGUUAUAGGGAAGAAUUAAAACUAAAGAAUAUAUUCAUUUCCAUUAUUAUUUGGUUUUUUAUAUUACGCAUUGUCACUUGUCAUUGAUUUCUGAGUGUUACCAUGACACCUACAAAAAAACAAAAUAGAUUCAUAAGAAACAAUUCCGUUACAAAUUAUUUUAUUGCUGUAGUAAAGGUUCUUUCCAAUCUACUAGACGUGCACCGACGUAAACGAUGAGUAAUCAAAAAACUUUCUUCGUGUCUAUGCGUGUGCAAGAGACAGUGACAGCUUAUUUUACUGACAUUGACAUUUACUUUGUGUAUUCGGCUGAGUUCCAUGUCGCGUGGAAAUCGCAAAAUAAUAUUUCAUCAACUCAAUAACUAUUAAUUUUGGUACAUUGGUAUAUUUAGCUCUUUGUCACAUACCAAAGAAAAUAGCGAUUAUCACAAAGUAUUUAGUGAAUAAAGAGAGACUUGGCUCAUUUUGAACAACUCCUUUAUCUAUACAUUACUUUUGCAUGGAAGGAACCAAUUACACAUAAUGUAUUUUACUUAGGUAAUUUAUACAUUUAGAUGGAGCCUCUUGCUUCUAGACAAAUGAUUAAAACAGGCCAGGUUUAUUACUUUAGUAUGCGUGACAAGCUACGUGUUACACUCGCGAUAUUUAUGUCACUUUGAGUUAGUGUGCGUGCAGUGCUUGAUAGCUGUCAACCUCAAUUUUUUCGACGUUUUUACAGCUGUCACAGAUGUAUAAAUGAUUUAAGGUAUUUAAUAUAAUAUAUUAACGAAUAUGUAUUUGUUUGUACAUGUAUUAUGAAAUGCUCACAUAAUGCCUCUAUUUAUUUACGGUUUGUGUGGAUUGAUGCAUCUACUAUACUCAAUAACUCUUGUGUUUAUAUAAGUAUUAGUUUACUUUUUUUUUUCUUUUUUUGACUUACUCGUGUAAGCCUUUCAGUUUUUGACAUUUGAGUAUUUUUGUUGCGUCAAUUUGCAUAUAUUGUAAUUGAAAUGAUUUGUAAAACAAUUAAAAUGUAAAUCUUGACUUAAAAGAGUGGCAAUGAGUUUCUUGCUACUUCUUCUCAUUAGCUCAGCCCUUUACGAUUAGCGAAAUACCGCGGGUAUUGUAAUUGCUAUCAUAUAUAUAUUAGCUGACUCGACAGCGUUGUUCUGAACAUAAUAAAUAAAAUUGUUUUUUUAUGAAUUGUCAAUAAUAUUUCAUAUCAAGAAUUAUUUUAUAAAAUGUUGUUAUAAUGAAAUGUUUCACGGCAAUUCUGUCAAAGCGUGCGUCAAUAAAUUUUCUCAUAGAAAAUAUGUCCGUACAAAACAAAUGUUGAAAAUAAAAAUAUUUAUGGAUCCCAAAUAGAAAUUAAAACUAUCCUAUCUCUCAAGUUGGACUAAACUGCACUCGAUGAAGUAAUCCCCAUUACAAUCCAUUCAUUAGUUUAGGAGUCCAUCGCGGACAAACAACGUGUCAUGUAAUUUAUAUAUUAUAUUCGUCACAAAUAAUAAUUAAAAAUGCCACUUACAAUGUACAGAUUGUAGGGCUAUCUAUUAGGCUGAGAUCUAUAGAGCAUACUUGGGCUUUGCUCAGACUUUACUUACAUAAAACUUAGCUCAGUCUGAUAAAAUGAAAUUACUUUCGGAUUGGGCUGGCUUAACUUAAGCUUGUCAUUAUUUCAGCAGUCAAAUGACAAUAAAAACGAUAUUAUGAAAGAUUUAUGAUAAGCUUACACUUAGCUAUAGUUUAUGUAAGUAAAGUCUGAGCAAAGUAUAAGUAUUCUCUAUAGAUCUCGGCCUUAGAUUCAAUUGUGAAAUUUAACCAUCCGAGGACCCUCAACCUCGGUCAAGUGGUCACACAGUCAAAUGUGUACUAUAUUUUAAAAAAACCUUUGUAUCAUCAAUAUUUUUUUUAAACAACCAUAUGAAACCAAAUUUUAUUUUAAAUAAAUAUAUAAAGAAAAUUUUAGUAAAUAAAAACUUCUAAUUAACAGAUGAGUGGUAACUAUACCAUCGUUGUCCAAACAUCUUACAUAAACGCAUGCACCAUACGCCUUCUCUGAGGCAUCUGCAAAGAUGUGCAGCUGUAUGUCUAUGGGUAAAUUAUACGUAACACAUCUGGGAAUACUUAAGGCAUUCAAUUGUGGUAAUGACCUAGCAAAAUCUAACCAGGAUUGUCCUAUAUGUGUAGGAAGUGGAUCAUCCCAACCACAUUUAUUUAUCCACAAUUGCUCCAUUAUUAUUUUUGCUUUCACUAUACAAGGUGAAACAAGACCAAGUGGGUCAAAGACUUGAGCUAUUGUUGAUAAAAUGUGUCUCUUAUUCACAGUGACAUUUUGAGGAAUGUCAAUAGAAAAUAACAGAGUGUCUGCAGGAUAUUUCCAAUAUAAACCCAAUGUUUUAGAGAGGCUUUUACUGCUGAGAUCUACAGAUCUCGAUAUCUUCGCCUCACCAGAAAUUGCUUGCAAAAUAUCAUGAUGGUUCGAAUUCCAUUUUCGUAAGUUUAAUUGAGCGGAUGAUAAGGCACUCAUAACUCCGCGACAUAGAGAUAUGGUUUCCUCAAUGGUCGAAUGUCCAGACAGAAAAUCGUCAACAAAAAAAUCGUGGCAAAUUGCACGUUGAACAAUGGGAUCUUGAGCUUCAUGACUCAACUGAAGAAGACAUCUUGUGGCUAUAUAAGGCGCUGAAGCCGUGCCAAACGGUGUUGAGUUGAUAGCUUUUAAGACGGCUACAAUCUUGUGAAAAACGGAGAUAGCCGAAAUCCACUAGGUUUUACGCAACUGUUCGCUUUCAAACUUAGCUGAAUUAUACUUCGUCGCCAAUCCCCAUACUCUAAUUACUACUGUUUGAACUAAUGUCAAAUCACGACACAUUUCAUACUACACUAAAUUUCAAUUUUUACUUAGGCAGUCCUGCCCCUUAUUACGUAGUAUUAACAUCCUCUUUGUGUUUACAAUAGUAUAUUUCUGUAAAAUAUGUAUGUAGUUUCGAAUUCUAAAAUGAAAUUGUAUUCAAAUUUUAAAUGUAGAAUAUAAAAAUAUGGUCAAUGUUUGUACCUUAAUCCAUAGUUAUAUUUAUUUUUUAACAGUGUGAAUUAACAUUUAUUAGUUUCAAAAUACUACGACGAAACGUGAGCUUUAAUAAUUUUAUAUUAAAUAAAUAUAUUAUAUAUAAAUAAAAUUUUGAUCAACGCCAACUUAAAGAUUAAGUUGAUUUUCUGCUAUUCAGUUGGUAUUGAUUGGACGCAUCACGCCUAAGCAGUACUUUUGAGAAUGCUCGAUUGUGCGAAGCGUUGCUGUAGUUGAAACAUUCAAUGUUGAACAUUAUGCCUGCACUUUGGUGCUGUCUGUAAUUGGAAACCUAUCAUUUUGUCCACCUGACAACUUUUUAAUAACUUGACCAUUAUUAUUGUAAUUGGCAACAGAAUUUUAUUUCAUUUACCUUCAUAAUAGUGUUGCUGUACAAGAAGCGAGCUAAUUAUACUACUGUAGAAUAAAUUACUUAUAUUAAGGUACAAAUAAAAUUGUGUAAUAAUU